AUGUCCGGCCCUCAGAUUCCACGCAUCAACACGCAGGAUAUUCAAGGCCAGGAUGUCGUCUCCAACUCAUCCGACGACCACUUCUCAUCUGCUUCUGAAGGCGAGACGGAGACGACAUCACCAAACCCGAACCAGCCGCCGCAAUCGCCCAUUCCAAUCACCAGAGUAGAAAGAGUCGAUGACACGGCCGCUCAUGGCGAAGUCCCUGGCACUCCUGCCUAUUCUCUCCGCACCCAGGAUGCAGUGCCAGACGAGAUAGAGAUUGUGCCAGAAGGGACCAGAUCAAGAAGCGCGACACUCCAAAUUGGGGGGACUCGAAGUCGAGGCAACAGCGCCGCGAGCACGAGUUCGACUGGUAGCAGACCCAUGACCCCGGGAGGAUCGCCAAUACCAAAGCUCGUUGUGGAGCGAGUGGACAACAAGCCAGCACAUGGAGAAGUCGAGGGCACAGCCGCAUACGAACAGAGACUGGCAGACGCUGCGCCAGAUGAAGUGCGGAAGGCGCCAGCUGCUGCCAGCAGUGGCGAGUAUGGUCAAUCCCAAAUAGAGCAAGACCCUGAAGAUAGGCAGGCCUGGUUCCGGAGCAUGUGGGAGGCUCAAGGAGAAGAGGACGCGCAUAAGCAGGCUGCUCCACUACAAACAGAAAAUGACGGGCAAAAUGGUGGGGCAGACGACGAUGAUGACUUUGGAGAUGAUUUCGACGACUUUGCCGAAGGUGGCGAUGAUGAUGACUUUGGAGACUUUGACAACGAACCCACUACGCCUGGGGAUGUCGAUGGCGGUAUCCCUGAUCAGUCUGUAUCUUAUGCUUUGCCAGAUACGUUGGCAGGACUUCCAACCCUUGAAUCCGGCCUCCAAGGCAAAGAGCUGCAUGAUACGUUAGCCCCAUAUCUGGAUCUCAUUUUCCCAAACACAACCUCUUCACCUCCAAACACAUCAGCACAACCACUCGACAUGUCAAACAGCUCCCCCUUCCUCUCCGAACGCUCUCUCUCUUUAUGGCAACAACUCGUCCAACCGCCGCCCAUGCAGCCUCCUAACUGGACCCGAAGCAAGAUCCGGCGCCUCUUCCUUGUCUCAUUAGGAGUUCCAGUCGACCUUGAUGAGAUCCUUCCACCCUCCAAACAAAAACGUCUCGUGCUCCCGAACAUAAACCUUGCCUCCCCUCGAGCGUCAACAACACAAACAGAUCGGCUCAAGAAUGAUGGCGCGAGCGACUCUGGUAUAAGUGUCGACAGUAAAACUGGAGCCAAAAAGAAGGCUCCGAGGAGAACUGGGACUGCAUCGAAGGGUCCAUUGCCACCUCCAGAAUUCGAUUCCAAUCGCGCCAUGCUUCUCUGCAGAACUACACAUGAAGCUAUGAUUGGCAUGGAUGAUCGGGAGAUGCAGCAUCAUGUGGCUACACUUGAGGGCUUGAAUCGGGAGGCAAGCAAAGUUUUGGAGUAUUGGCUGCAGAGAAAAGAUGAAGGGUUGAAGGAAAAGGAGGCGCUUGAGGGCGUGAUUGAGAAUCUGGUCGGAUUUGUCAAGGGAAGGAGAGGAGGAAAAUGA